AUGUCAAAGGACUCCAAAAUCAACAUUGAUGAGCUUAGAUGGGUGAUUCAAAUCCGUGAAACUCUAGAUGAAGAUCUUGAAGAUGAUGAUGGUGAAUUUGUGGUGUCCAUCUUCAAUGUGCCUAAGCCCCUUAUGGCUAGUAAUCCAGAAUCUUAUACUCCUCAGCAAGUUGCCAUUGGACCUUACCAUUAUUGGCGUCAAGAACUGUAUGAGAUGGAGAGGUACAAGCUUUCAGCAGCAAAGAGAUUCCAAAAACAACUUCAAAGCCUCAAGUUACAACACAUUGUUGACCAAUUGAUAAGGUUAGAGCUCAGGAUUAGAUCAUGCUACCAUAAGUACUUGAAUUUCAAUGCCGAAACAUUGGCGUGGAUGAUGGCUGUUGAUGCCUCAUUUUUGCUAGAGUUUCUUCAAGUUUACGACACUAUUCAAGAUGGAACAAAACAAGGAGAUUAUUCCUCAAGGAAGCUAGACCAUAAUGCAAUCUUAAAGGACAUGGUAAUGCUUGAGAAUCAAAUACCACUAUUUGUGUUGAGGAAGAUGUUGAACUUCAAAUUCUCAUCACUAAAAUUAGCAGAUGAGAUGCUUCUUUCAAUGUUUAUAGGGUUGUUCAAAGAACUUUCACCUUUCAAGGUCAUAGAGGAGGACUAUCCAGAGACCACUAACUCAGAGUGCACACAAUUUUGGUUUAAACCACAGGUAUCCUCCACUGAAGCAAUUAUGUUUGAGCCGGGUAGAACCACCAUAGGCGGCGGCAAAAGUCUCUCUAAUAAGUAUUUAACACAGCUGCAUUCAGAGGGAUUCGAAGCGUGUGCACAUUUGCUAGAUUUUUUAUAUGGAAUGACUGUGCCUAAGUUGGAAGAACAAUCAGAUCUAGUUGAAUCAUCAAAAGAUCAAAACAAAGAUAACGAAGACAAUGAAAAAUCAAUAGUGAACCAUGUUAAACAAUUUCUAUGUAAAUUGUGGAGGUUGCUUUCAAAAUUGGCUACAUCAUUAACAAGGUUAAUUAACAAGAUCUUGCAAUGUAGAGGCAUGAAAGUUAUCAUUUGGUUACCUUGGACAAUCAUUUCUAACCUUCCUGGAUUUGGAAUGAUAAAGCAACCUAUUGAAUACUUGUGUUUCUCAAGAGAAAAAGAAGCAACUAAACCAGAAAAUGGAAAUUUAACCUCAGAUAAUGUCAUCAACAACAACAAAUCACCCUUAAUGGAGGAAAUCACUAUCCCUUCAGUCACAGAACUCUCAAAAUCUGGUGUUUGUUUUGUGGCAACUAAUGGAGACAUUUCAACUAUAAGAUUUGAUGUGAAAACCGGAACACUUCACCUUCCAACAAUUGGUCUAGACAUGAACACUGAAGUGUUCAUGAGAAACUUAGUUGCUUAUGAAGCAUCAAAAUCAUCAGGGCCAUUGGUUUUCACCCGUUACACCGAAUUGAUGAAUGGGAUCAUAGAUUCUGAGGACGAUGCGAGGAUUCUUAGGGAAAAAGGGGUUAUUUUGAACCACUUGAAGAGUGAUGAAGAGGUGGCUAACUUGUGGAAUGGGAUGAGCAAGUCCAUCAAGUUGACAAGGGUGCCAUUCUUGGAUAAGGUCAUUGAAGAUGUUAACAUGCAUUAUAAUGGUAGAGUGAGUAUCAAGGUUUGGAAAUUCAUGAAGCUUUAUGUGUUUGCUUCUUGGCAGUUUCUGGCGUUUCUUGCUGCAGUUUUUCUCUUGUUCUUGAUGUCCUUGCAAGUCUUCUGCUCUUUCUAUAGAUGCAGUACCAGAAAUCGUGUCAGAGUGGCUAGAUGA